UUCACCGCCAAAGGAUGAUAAAUUGAAUAAAAAAGAUAAAUCAGACAAUAAAUCAGAUGAUAAAUUGGAUAAACCAGACGAUAAAUUAGAUAAAAAGGACGAUAUAUUAGAUAAAAAACCUGAUAAGUUGGAUAACAAUAACAUUAAAAAGUUACUCCUCAGAUAUCUUAGGGAGUUUUCUCAAGGCAAGUUUAACGGCUCGUUGGAUGAUGAUAAUCUGUUGGAUCGAAUGAUAAAUUCAUCCACGGAAUUGUCAGAUACUCAAAAAAUAGAGUAUCAAAAGAUUAGGAGGUCCAUUAGCAAUAUGUACAAGGAUGAAGAACGUGAUCAUUAUUUCGUUGAUCCAGAUGAUCAGGAGUAUAUUUCUGUCUUUCUCAAUACAUCGAAAGCAACGUUUGAAGAU